CAACAUUUUUGGCAAAUCAAUAAACACAUUCGCUGAGAGCGAACGCGCUGCGCAAAAGUGAAAAUCCAAUCAACGAACGCAUAGAAAAAGCUAUGCCGCACAACAAUCAGCAGCAGCAGGGAUCGUCGCCGCCUGGCGAUGAUCCGCUGGGCCCGCCCAAGGCGGACUUUAGCGCACCGCCGCCCUAUGAGCCGGACGCACAGGGUCAGGGUGGCCAGGAACAGUUGGGCUUGGCGCCGCAGCUGCCCUCGCUGGCGCUGACCACACACCAUGUUGUCGGGGAGGGAGGUCAGCCGCAGAGCGAGCUGGUGCUGCCGCAAGAGCUGCACGGCAAGCUGCCCACCUAUGAGGAGGUGCAAAUGGAGAAGUCAUUGAACGGAGAGCUGCCGCCCGCAUUUCUGACAUUGCCAUCGACACAACAGUUGCCGCCGCCACCGAAUCCCUUGCUGCCGCUGCCGCCCAAUCCGCUGCGCGAUGGCCCGGCCGCCGUGCGCAGCAAUCAUCCGGCAUUGACGUUCAUUGCCAUCGAUGCGAGCGAUCCGGAGAACAGUUUGUCGACCACAGAUAAUUUACUGGGCACAGACAUUAUGUUCAUAACGGCCUUUAUGGUCGCAUUUCUGUUCAAUUGGAUUGGCUUUCUGAUGCUCACCUGUUUCUGUCAUACGAUUGCGGCACGUUAUGGUGCGCUGUCCGGCUUCGGACUGUCACUGGCCAAAUGGACGCUGAUUGUGAAGCACUCAACGGACUUGGCAUCGCACGAGAACUCUUGGCUCUGGUGGCUUAUCUGCGCCUUUGGCUUUCUGAUUGCCAUACGCGCGUUCAUACAGUAUGUGAGCAUUAAACGCUCCUGGCGCCUGCUCUCCGCAUCGGCCCAGGAGCGGCUGCUCUUCUUCUACUAGGUGCGGCCGCCGUCGCCGACGGCGGGUUAUGUAAAUACAUUAAGUAUGCGAGUAAUUUGAAUCGAUGAAGACACAACAAAUCCUUUCGUUUCGUUUGAUCCCAAAUAUGUAUUGCAAUCAAUGCGAACUUACUAAUUGGUUAGUGUUUCUGUAGUUACUAUGUUAAAUAGCGCAAGUUAAUCCAUAUAAAUCCCGUUAAAGUUAGCAUAUAAUAUUGUCAGCAUGUCCCAUGAGACGGGCACAGUUAUUGUGAGAGCCGGGCCGCAGAUCGCUUGGAUCGUCGUUUCGCUGCACCCUUUGGCUGUUUAUGGGCCAUCUAAUUGAUGUAUGUAACUUGUAUAUGUAAAUGUGUAUAGAUGUCUCACAGUAGUAUCUUCUAUUCUUUUAGUAGUGGACACUUUUCUGGUCCACUAGAAACGAAAACACACACACACACACACAAAACACGUAGAUAAAUGAUAUGCCACCAUA